UGGUGUUUCCGAAUGGUGUGUGUGUUUAUUUGGUCAAUUGACAUUUGGUAGCACUUAUACUGUUUCUAAAUGAUUUUAUUACAGAGUGAAAUUGAAGAAAGAGUUCCUGGGAAGAGAAGAAUGCUGAGAAAUCAUAAUUGCACAAACUUUCGCAUGUUGUGUGGGAGGGACUGUCUUUAAAAGGGAUAGUACAGGGCGCUGUAUUCUCACAACCAACAAACUGCAGCUUUUUGAUCCCUUCACUAGUGUUGCUCUGCACAGUACUGGCUCAGAAAAAUGAAACUCACAGUAUCAGCUUUCGUGUUUUUGAUCUGCACAGUUGCACUGCUGUCCACAACAGAUGGUAGACCUGUUCGCCCACAGCUACGUUGCAACUGCCCUCAACUGCAUUCAGCGCCAGCGAUUCCAGCUGAUAAAAUACUCUCAUUGAGGUUUAUUCCUGCUGGACCACAAUGUAAAAAUGAGGAGAUCAUUGCCAAAAUGAAGAAAGGAGAGACGUGUCUUGAUCCUACUAAAGACUGGGUGAUUUCUCUCAUAGAAGAAAUCAAAAAGAGAAACAUCAAGAGUCAACAAUGAAUGAAUAUCACGGUUCA